UAAUCGACACAUUGAGUAGGAGACUCGGGCCUCUCCUAUCGGACGAUGGGGAGGAGAAGCUGUCUCCAAAAAUUCGGUUCGGGACUUCCUCGAUGUGGAACGAUCGCUCCAAACAAGAGAUUCCAGGAAUGGCUCUCAACACCGUCGAAGAAAUCCUUGAUCUGGGGUUUGAGAUGCUCGAGCUUCGGCAUCCAGCGGCACAUAAUUCGAGGAGGAAGAGGCUGUAAGCAAGCGAUCCGAGUUUCUGGUGCAGCCAUCGAUGGAAGCAGCCACUAUGAAGGUAGUGAGAGUUGUUGACCAGAUGUUGAACACCGCGCCACGUCGCGUGGGAGCCGUGUUGUCUACACGUGCAAAUGAUUUACAGAUGCCGUUUUUUCUCGUGUGCGCAUACGAGGACACUCUUUAUUUUUACUAUCAUAACGAGACCCAGCCUAACGCUGUUUACUCAAGCGCCGAAAAGACACCCUCUUCGUCAUCGUCGUCUGACCAGGUCGCUACUCAUACGAUGUCGCACCGCAUCAUUGAAUGUGUUGUCGGAAAAUGCUGGAAAAACGAAAGGUUGUACGCGCUGAAGAAUGCAUAGCAAGCGUAGCAGUUCGCGAUGUGUGCAAGCAGAGCGCACGCGCUGU